AUGGAGCCGCAGAAAGAGGCGCGAACACCCGGGGACCCCGUCGCGCGGCCGUCUGGGCCCUCGAGGUCUCAGACUCCUAACGACGAGGAGCGGCGGGAGGGCGACACAGCGCCGGCGGAGGCUUCCCUGGGCGCGGAGGCGCUGUGGGAGCUGCCGGUGGAGCCCGCCGAGCGGAGGCCCGAAUGCAGCCGCUGCAGCCGGCCUCAGAAAGUAUGUUUGUGUCCAUUUCUACCAUUGCAUCCUCUGCACAUCUCUACUCAUUUGUACAUAAUUCAGCAUCCAGCAGAGGAAAACAAAGUGUUGCGGACAGUUCCCCUAUUAACAGCAUGCCUCCCCCAGGACAAGUGUAAAGUCAAGAUUGGUCGUCGCUUCAGUGAAGAAAGAGAUCCUGAACUUUCAACUGUUUGUCGGAAGUCUGAUACAUUAAUAUUAUAUCCAGGGGCUGAAGCUGCUAAUUUGGAAGAAUUUAUAUUAGAUUCUCCUAUUUAUCCUUCUACAAUCAUCAUCAUUGAUGGUACAUGGAGCCAGGCUAAGGAUAUUUUCUAUAAGAAUUCCUUGUUCCGACUCCCCAAACAGGUGCAGUUAAAAACGAGCAUUUCUAGCCAGUAUGUAAUUCGGACGCAACCAACUAAUAGGUGCCUUUCUACACUGGAAUGUGCAGCUGCAGCUCUUUCCAUUUUGGAGAAAAAUAAUUACAUACAAGAGACUUUGCUUCGUCCUCUUCAAGCUUUAUGCUCUUUCCAGCUUCAGCAUGGUGCUCAAAUUCGCCUCAGCAAGGAACACCUUCUGAAAAAUGGAUUAUAUCCUAAGCCAAUGCCAAAGAACAAACGCAAACUCAGGAGAAUGGAACUGUUAAUGAACAGUGUUAAAAUUUAGUACAGUUGUUUUGUGGUGCUAGUUAUUUUGUCUUCCGCUGACAAGACCAGGUUGAGUUUUCAGAAAAUUUAAAUCUGUGGGUUUUUGACUGCUAAAGAGUGAGAGUUGCAUACUAAACUUGCCCAGAAGAAGGAAGUAAACCAAAUAGCCAUAAAAAAGCAAACAAACACAAAAAUUUCACAGACUCCAUUAAAAGCAAGGUUUCAUAGUGUGUUUGUUUUAAAAAAUGUGCCUCUAAUACAUUUUUUCAGAUCCAUUGUUUGAAAUGUGAUUAAUUGUUGAGUGAGGUUAGAAGUUCUUUUUUUAUAAAAUAGAAAGAAAUUAUUGUACCUGAUUGUGGCAGUAUUGUUUUCAUUAAUGUGUAUACAUAGUUAGGUGUAGACCUUUAAUUGAGGGCACUUACAUCAAUAACCAAUCUUGAGCAUAAACUUUAUAGUUUGUAAUAAGUAACAAAAAUAAUGAUCAUAAGUAGUUUAGAUUGAGUUAAUUUAUUUCAUAGGAUACUAUAACAGAAUAUGGAAACUAAAUAUAUUCUUUAGGGACUAAACUUGAACUCAGCUUUAUGAUUUAAGUGUUUUAUUAAUUGCCCGAAUUUUUUGGUAUUAAGGUAUAAUUGGAAUAUAAGAUUAUAUUAGUUUCAGGUGUACACCAUAAUGAUUCAGUCUUUAUAUACAUUGCAAAAUAAUCAUCACAUGAUCAGUCUAGUUAACA